GAAUUGAUCUCCAAGACAUGAUGAAGCUCGGAGGAGAGCUUGCAGAAUUUGAAGAUGUCGCCAGAAAAGCUAAAUUUAUGAUGAAUAUGAUAAAAAAUUGCCAAAACUCAAUUUCAUCUUUAGAAAACUGUUCGAAACCUGUCCUGGCUGCAGUUCAUUCGGCCUGUGUUGGUGCUGGUGUCGAUUUAAUUACUGCUGCUGAUUUGAGGUACUGCACACAAGAUGCUUGGUUCCAAGUUAAAGAAGUCGAGAUAGGAAUGGCUGCAGAUGUUGGUACUUUACAAAGGUUACCUAAGGUCAUUGGUAAUAAUAAUCUGGUUCGUGAACUGUGUUUUACAGGUAGAAAGUUCCAAAGUAAGGAAGCUUUUGAAUGUGGACUUAUUGGAAAAGUUCUUGAAAAUAAAGAGAGCCUUUUAUCACAUUGUUUAAAUCUCGCUGAAGAAAUUGCAUCUAAAAGUCCAGUGGCAGUACAAAUGACAAAGAAAAGUAUUAUUUAUUCCAUGGAUCAUACUAAUCAAGAAGGAUUAGAUCAUAUUGCUGCUUACAAUCAAACAUUGUUACAAAGCGAAGAUUUUAUAAACGCUUGCAUGGCUCAGGCGAUGAAGGGUGAAAAGCCAGUAUUUUCUAAGUUGUAGAAUGGAGAGGAAAAGUUAGGUCAGACUGAAAUUUUUAUAUUAUUGAUAAAUGUUAUUAUGAUAUAUUUUUAUUACUAAUAAAUGAAUUAGAU